AUGGUCAAAUUAACUCUCAUAGCAGGACUGGGACUCCUGCUUUCUCUUCACCUUGCCAAUUCUACAAAGCUGGUGUGCUAUUUCACUAACUGGUCCCAGUACAGGCCUAGCAAUGGCCGUUUCACUCCUGAGAAUGUUGAUCCCUUCCUCUGCACACAUGUCAUCUAUGCAUUGGCAACCAUCAACCCAGACAAUCAGCUUACUUCUAUUGAAUGGAAUGAUGAAGAAAUGUACAAGAAACUGAACAACCUGAAAACUGUAAACCCUUCUUUGAAGACGCUGCUGUCAGUUGGAGGCUUGUACAAUGGCAUCAGCCUGUACAGUAAUAUGGUGGCCACUCCAGAAAAUCGUCGAACCUUCAUCCGUUCUGCUCUUCUUUUCCUCCGGGCUCAUGAUUUUGAUGGCUUAGAUCUAGCCUGGGAGUUCCCUGGACAGAAUGGUAGUCCUGCUGAGGACAAGCAGAGGUUUGCUGCACUGAUAAAAGAGCUGAAGCAAGCCAUUAUACAGGAAGCCAUAGACACCAAAAAGACCCAGCUUCUGCUUUCAAUCAAAGCAGGAGCCCUUAGGCCCACCAUUGAUGCAGCUUAUGAGGUCCCUGAAAUAACAAGUGAAGUAGACUUUCUCAAUCUUAUGACUUAUGACUACCACGGUUCAUGGGAAAAGGUUACAGGCCACAACAGUCCUCUUUUCAAGAGUUCUCUAGAUCAAGGAACUCACACCCAACACAAUAUUGAUGCUACUGUGCAUUACUGGCUGAGCAAAGGGGCUCCAGCUGAAAAGCUGCUUCUGGGUUUCUCCACAUAUGGACGCACUUUCCGACUUACCACCUCCUCAACAGGCCUCGGUGCACCAACCAAUGGCCCAGCUGAUGCUGGCCCUUACACACGUGAUCCUGGCUACUGGUCCUAUUAUGAGAUCUGUACCUUUGUAUCAGCGGCCAAGGUAGUAUGGAUAUCUGAGCAGAGUGUUCCAUAUGCCACUCAUGGAAGUGCUUGGGUGGGCUAUGACAAUCAAGAAAGUUUUGCUGCCAAGGUGCAGUGGCUCACAUCCAUGAACCUAGGUGGGGCAUCAGUAUGGGCCCUUGACUUGGAUGACUUUGGUGGACAUUUCUGCUCAGAGGGAGAUUACCCUCUUGUUAACCACCUACGCAAGUCGCUGGGUUUCCCUCCAAAACCAACCACCACUCGUCCCCCAACUACUACCCCAGACCCUAUUCACGGCUUUUGCUCUGGAAAACCUGAUGGUUUAUACCCAAACCCUGCUGAUGCCACCACCUACUUCCAGUGCUUCCGUGGAAACACUUACUUGCACAGGUGCCAACCAGGCCUGGUAUAUGUUGAUGCCUGCAAAUGCUGCAACUGGCCAUAA